AUGAACGAAACGCGUGAUCCUGCUAUUUUGGCCGUGCUUCCCCACGGUUGCGAGGUCGUCUCUGUCAACGCACAUGGUAUUGGAAGCUGGUCAACUGGGUACAAGGUCGAGGUGGAGAGCGAAGGGAAAGACCUGGUGUAUUUCCUGAAGAUAAUCCGCCGACCUCGCCAUCUCGAGCUCGCCAAAGGGGAGUAUGAGAGCCAAGCAGAGCUUCUCAAGUAUCUGCCAGACAACGCUGCAAUACCAUUGGCAUAUGGGCCUCUGGAACUCGACUCCUCGGCAUCUUUCUUCCUGACGCCAUUUCGUAACCUCAGCGACAAAGUUCCUGAGCCAGUACAAUUAGCCGAGGUCCUUGAGAAAUUGCACAAGACUUCUGCAUCUCCUACAGGACAGUUUGGCUUCCAUACAACCACUUUCAACGGCAUCGUACCAUUGGUCAAUGAAUGCAUCCGGGGGCCGGACCCGGAGAUGGACGAGAUCGCUGGUGAAUUCUUUGAGAAGGUCAUUCCGAGAUUGUUGCGACCACUUCAGACGGGAGGCAGAAGCAUCCAGCCGGUCCUUGUCCACGGCGACGUCUGGCCUGGUAACGUGCAGAUCGACAGGGACACGCAGCGCGUGAUAUUGUUCGACUCAUGUUGCUGCUAUGCACACAACGAGCUCGAUCUCGGCAUGAUGCGAGAGCCACGAUAUCGAUUCACAGGCGAACACGCUAGCAAGUACCUGGAGGCUGCCAGUCCAUCGCAACCGGAGAAGGACUUCGAUGAUCGCAACGCAGUAUAUGCAAUGCAAGUGCGGGAUAAUAUCAUCAACGCUGGGCUACACGAACAUCGCGCAUUUCUACGGCAAUUGGUCAAGGAGGAAAUGAAGCGGCUGAUUGCCAAACACCCAAAGGGCAUAGAUGGAUUUGAAGAGGUUCAUCGUGGACAUUCACAACACUCGGUGUUUUGUCAUGAAUCAGCGAAAGGCUGUAUCUGA